UGUAAAUAUGUUGUUUACAUUCUUCUUUUGAAAAUGUGGAGAUAGUUUAAUUACAUUUCUCACCAAUAUACCUAAUAGUAAGCUAUAAAAAUGAAUUCAUUGUUUAGAAUGUGUGCUAGAAAUGCACUUAGAUUAGUGUAUCAAAGUGGGCAAGUAGCAAAAAGACAGCAAAUUAAUUUAUUAGCCUUUCAAAAUCAUGACAUGAGAUCCAGUAAAACUUUUUGUGAUAAUAAGUUGGGAAAAGUUGAUGAAAUUAAAAAGCUUUACUUGCAAUUCACAUGCAAAAAGUGUCAGGAGCGGAAUUCCUACAUGAUUAGUAAAUUAGCUUAUGAGAAAGGAGUAGUUAUAGUCGAAUGUCAGAAAUGCAAGAAUAAUCAUCUAAUAGCUGACAAUCUGAAGUGGUUUAGAGAUCAGAAAACAAAUGUUGAAGACCUACUCCGAGAACGAGGUGAAAAGCUGCUAAAUAAGACAAAUUCGAUAGAAUUUAUAGAAGAUGAGGACAGACCAAAGUAGAUUUGAAAGCAAAUUAAUUGAUUUCACAAGAUCCUUGUUGGAUUACAGAAGUUCAAUUUGAUCUAACUGAACGACUGUAAUUCAUGAAAGCUGAAGAGUAUCAAAUUAAGCAGCAAGACAAGAUGUCUUUUGUAACAUUAUUUUAUUGCAUUUAUCUCGUCA